AUGGGAAGCCCAGGCAUGUCAUUAGCGCUCACUGUUAUGGCUGCCAAGGAAACCCUCACACAGUUUGCAAACAAGCUAUGCUCACACCAUAGACGAGAGAGCCCUGGGGAUCCCAAAGGAGAUGAGAUUUUCCCACGCAGCCCCGCUCUCCUGGGGGCCGCCGGAGCCAGCAGAGGUCCGGAGGUGCGGGCUCCCCAGCUCGGCCCGGCCCCGGCCCCGGCCCCGCCUCCCGGCUCGCUCCACCGCCCCGACCUCCCGGGGGCCGUUCCCGGAACGCUCGCCGCAGCGCGGCCGGGGAUGCUCCCCCAGCGUCGUGGAGCCCGGACGCCCUCCCCGGCGGGCACAGAACCGGCCGCCCACCCCCGUGCAGCCGACCUGCGGGCCCGCGGGCGACAGAGCCUUCCGCACCAGCAGCCGGAGGCCCCCGGGUCUCCGACGCCUCGCGCUCUCGAGACUGCCUCCCCACCCCACCCAGACAGGGGUGGAGCUUCUCCCAUCCCCCUCCCCCCGGGACGAGCUAUUUUUAGGUUGUUACGAAGAAGGGAAGGAGGGAAUGCCACGUUUAAUCCGUUGCGAAAAUCCAGGAUCCAAGAGAAUGGCUCCCAGGCCUUACUGAGAAGGCGGCCGCGUGGAGCCCAGGGAGGCUGGACGUGCUCCGGUCUACACAGCCACCCACCCACAGCACCACCACCACCACCACCACCACCACGAACAACAACAACAACAAAGGCUGUUCUGCUGAAAAGCCGGAGCAGUUGCAGAGCUAGUCCAUAUGGUCUUCCUCCCGUUCCAGUCUCAAUCUGCAAACGUGUAUGGCAACAAGUGUUGGCAAGGAUGUGAGAAACGAGCCCCUACCCCUCCUUUCAUUGCUGGUGGGAAUAUAAAAUGGUACAGCUGCUGUGGAAAAGAGAAUGGUUCCGAAGAAUACCAAGAGGGUGGGUUCUGAAUACCUGCGGUUCUCAUCUGGCCCCAUAGCCUCUCACCCUUUCCUCAGGCCAGUGACAGACACCCGCUCUCUGACUCAGUGCAGACACCAUCACAACUGGUCUCCUUCCUACACUUAGGGAUGUGACAGGAGGCAGUGGGACCGACUGCUGACUGAAGGUGGACUUUAGACCCUAGGCAGCCCACCAUGGGAGUGCUCUCUGCUGUCAACUGUUGGCAUCACACCUCAGAAGCCAGCUCCAGAGCCAGCUCUAGCUUCCAGAAGGGCAUCUGAGGUGUAUGGGACAGAUCUCCCAAUGCCCGGAUGCUGGCCACAAAUGGUAACUGAGGUAAUUGUAGGUCAAAAAUAUGUCGUUGGGUUUUCACAGUGGUGAUGGAUGGAUUGACAGGUAUAUAGUCAAAAUGAGAUUUUACAUAAAAAUCUGGUUUGCUGAUUUCUCUUGAAAAAUCUGAGGACCUUGCAACAAGUGGCCGGCACUCUGACAUGUCAAGAACUGGCUGAAGCUCGGGCUUCAAACCUCUUCCUUGGGCACAAACUAUACUCUAGCACAUUCCCUGAAAAAAUCACCUUAAAGGCCAUAGAUGCACUUACAAAAGAGAUCUCCUUUCUCAGGAAAAAAAAAUUGUUCUUUCCUGCAAAAUGAAAAAUGCAGCAUCAGUCUAACCAGGACCCUCUGUGCGUCUAGAAACAAACCCAAGGCAUGGCAAGCUGGGAGAAACUGAAAAAAAUUACACUAAAAUAAUAAAAUGUUUGUGUCCUUAA